UACUACUGUUGUUGUUGAACGCCUUUCGUGUCACUAGUGAAAAUUUAUUGACGUAACUAGCAUUAGAGAUUCCGAGAUCGUAGUACGGUUUCGUGAUAACGUUGCACGUUUUUUUCGUCGCGGAAUGCGGUGAAUUUUUGCUUUUUAUUCAAUUUCAUUACGUAUUUCGAUUUAAUUUCGACGGCGAUUUGUUCGUACCUUUAUAUGAAUAUAUUAUUUACAUUGUAUCGGUUUCUAUAUCUACGGUGAUCGUGACAGAUUAUUAAUUUUCGCGAUUCUCGAUCUCGCGAUACGUUGGUAUAGUUAUUUAUGUUAUUUAAAAUUGUGCUAAAAUUUUUUCGCGGAUGUAAGCCUGACAAUUUAAUGUUGUCCGUAUACUAUACAAGUUCAUACGACCAACUAAUGGCAGCAGAUGAAUCGCACGUAGAGAACAGCCGUAAAAACGUAUACAGGUGCGUAAAAAAUUCGAACAAUAUGCGUAAUCUAGAGCCGAUUUCGAUCGAUAAAAUGUUCAACUACGAUAUCUCUGCAGUAAUGCAGAAACAAGCCAAUUCAGCAGCCGAAUCAGCCGACGAAGAAGACGAAAUCAGUGUCGGCUGUCCAUCGCCAAUCGCUAGAUCUAACGAUGAUUCUAAAGAAGAUGAUAAAUUUCUCGAAAAAGAAUCUCGUCUACGUUCGUCAUCGUGUUCUUCGGUUUCGUCUACACAAUCACAUUGCCAACAAUCGUCAAAUUCUUUCAGUUAUCACAGCGAAGAGACGAUUGAAAAAGAAAAUGGCCGGGUAUCCGAAUCGGACAAUGGUUCGAGAAGGUACUCGAUGAGCGACGAUGAAACAGUUCCUAAAGAAGGCGCCGAAGAAUACUUCAAGCCUUUGAAACGUUUGAAAAUGAUGAAAAUCGAUAAAACCAGUUUUAGUAUUAGCGAACGUAGCAAAAGUAAUUUGAAUAAGAGAUUGUACAGACACCAUAAGGUGGCCGAUAUUGUAUCUCAAACUGCCGAAGAUACCGUCGAAGACGACUGUAAUUCGAAUUCAGGUGUUAAAUCAUUCUCCAUCUGUGAUAUACUCAGUCAUAAACCAGCCAAAAGUACCCCAUCGUCGAGUAAAAUCGUCCGCCCUUGGGAUUGCGAACCCCAAGAAGAAUCUCCUAACCCUUAUUUAUUACCACCACCAGCCCAUCGUGGAAUCUUACCUCAACCUCCUUUAUUCCUUAGUCAGUUUCAUCCUCAACAAUUAUCGUUGCAUUUACAUAGACCUAAGUCUGAAGAUAUCAGCUCGACGUACGAAUCGUGCAGCAGCAGUGGUAGAUCCAGCACCGGUGGCAGUGAUUGUUGUACCAGUCCUGAUGUGUUGAAUUGUUCCAUACAGAAUUCUUCGAGUAAUCAUCAACAUUCGUCCAACAGAGGUCGAAAUAUAGAAGCAUCUGCCAGAAGUAAAACCACCAAUGGAAAGUCGUCCAAUUCAUCACCCUUAGAUGCUCUAUUUCAAAUGACCAAUAAGACCUUUGAUGAAUUGAAUGGAGAUCCUAAUGCAGAAAACGGCAAUCAUUUAAAUUUGUUCAAUAAUCGACAGCAGCCAAAGAAAAAACGAAAGUCGAGGACUGCGUUCACAAAUAAUCAAAUUUUCGAAUUGGAACGUCGAUUCAUAUAUCAAAAAUACUUAUCACCAGCCGACAGAGAUGAGAUCGCGACGCAAUUAGGAUUGAGCAACGCCCAAGUAAUAACAUGGUUUCAAAAUCGUCGAGCUAAAUUAAAAAGAGAUAUGGAAGAGUUGAAAAAAGACGUCGAAUCUUCGAAAGUUCUGACGACCGCAACGUCGUUUUUAGAAAACGUUCAAAAUUUCGGUAUUUUGAAGAAAAAACCUACCAGUCAUUCCGAAUGUAAGCAUAUAGAAAAUGAUAAAUAAACGAUUUCGUAAUUGUGAAAAUUUCACCUCAACUAGUUGAUUCUCAUUUUCUAUGUCUUAUACAAUUUAGUCAAAUCGUUUUCCGAAUAGAAUAUAUAAUUAAUGAUGUUUCAAUUAAUUAACAUAAAUGUGCGUUUGUAUUAAGUUCCUAUUUUAUCGUUUCGACAGCGUUAUGAAAAAAAAAAUUGAAAAUCUGUCGAAAAUGAUUACGUAUUAGUACAUACUUAGUUUAUACUUGGGCGUUACGAAAAAAAAUCGUAUUUUGCCUUAUUUUUAUCUUCGUUUUUUCCUUCUCUUUCUUUCUUCUUUCUCUCUUUUUGUUUUGUAUACUAAGUGAAUUUUUUUUGCAAUUCGUUCAAUUUAUGAAAAAAAUGCACUUCUCGGGAAACAUUAAUAUUACUUAUACGCCAUUAUUUUCCCAAAAAAUGUUCUAGUACAAUGCCUAUUUUAUAAAUUUAUAUUUACUUACACCAAAGAAUUUUUUUUCUAAAACUUGAAUACGACAGCAUUUGCAGUAUUAUGUUUUAUUAUAAUCAAAAUAUUGGUUGAAGCUUUAAGCUUAUUUAUUUUAGAAUAUAUGUGGGUACGUAUAGUGUUAGUUUUGUAAAGAGAUUUUGAAAUAUUUGUAUGAUAUGUAGUUGAACAGAAACUUUUUUUCUUCUAUGUUACCUGCUGUAUGUGUAUUUAAAAAGCAGAUUAGUUAUUUAUUUAACAUGCGUAAUAAUUUACCAUUUUUAUUAUUAUAAUUAUUUAUGUUGUACUAUAAAUGUUGUAAAAGUUGAAGAAUGUUUGUAAUUUUUGAUGUAGGUAAUUAAAUGUACCUUUA